CACAACUCCUUGUUUCUAGAGUUGCCAGCAAAAUCUUUCAAGUAGAUCUUGAAUUGUUUUAAGCUCUGGACUAUAUCGUUUUUAAAAGAUCCUAAAAUUGUAUCCAGAUCUUCUCGUAUAUUCCUAUCUUCAAAGUUCCUCGACUCGAAUUUCAAACCUUGUGUGCAAAUAAAACUGAAGAUAAUGCAAGUUCUUAUCGCAUCAACGUGGCACGAGGACAAAGGAAAGCAAGGUGUACGAUUACCAUGAAGUGACAAGUGCACGAAAUGAGAGAUUAAAAAAGAGUCCAGACAAACAGUCUUAUCAAGCUUCCUGAAGAAUUAACACUAAAGUGAAGAUUUAGAAAAAUUUCUUUCGGUUUCGAAAGUCUCUUUGCAUAAUCCGAGAGACAUACUUAUUCUUUUAUCUCUCAGCGGGUCUCCAACUUUUGGAACAGUGUCCCGUUAACCUAUAAGAUGCUAAUGGAAAUCGAAAUGUUGACGAUGCAGGCCUGUUGAUGAAUGGCACGGGUUAAUUUUGAAAUGAAGAGUGACGAAUGACAUUUGGAAAGAGAAAACAAGAUGCUCAAGUGGAUUAAAGUUCGUCAGGAUUCGUCCUCGACGAUCUUGAAAAAUGAAGAAGGAACGGAAGUCCAGGCCGAUGUUAAGGAAGAGGAAGAUGAUAGUGGAAUGGAGAGGGAGGAUUCACCGGCUGUGGAUCUGAGUCUUCUCAAAAAAGACCUGUUCUCGCAGCUGCAGUUUUCGCAAGAGAGCGCAUUACCACCAGACGCUUUGCGACGAGCCCUUGCAGAAAGCUUCCUCGAUCAGCAGAGGUUCCAGUUGGGAUUCAUGGAUGAUGCUGCAGAAUGCUUCGAAAACAUUCUGUUGCGAAUUCAUCUGCACAUUGCAAGUGGCGAGGCAGAGGACAUGUGCAGUGCUCGGCAUUGUGUCCCUCAUCAGAAAUUCGCAAUGACACUUGUCGAACAAAGUGUCUGUGGAGCCUGCGGAGCAACUUCAGAACCUUUGCCCUUCACUCAGAUGGUGCAUUAUGUAUCAGCUUCGGCGUUGACAUCUCAGGCUCGACAAACGCCCCCAGCUGCCAGAAGCAGUCCGGAUUUAUUUGGACAGCUUUUGCGACGAGCUGGAGGAAUGGGCGAUAUUCGCGAUUGUCCAAGUUCCUGUGGAGCAAAAAUACAAAUUUGUCGAACCCUAAUGAACCGACCAGAGAUUGUCUCUGUUGGUGUAGUUUGGGACAGCGAACGACCCUCCCUCGAACACAUCAUGGACGUGUUCGCAACAGUCGGAACGACUCUUCGAUUGAGCGAUGUUUUCCAUAGUGUGGUUGACUCCCGAUGGGGAGCUUCCACUGUACAUAAUCUCGUAGGAGUAGUCACAUAUUACGGAAAACACUAUUCCACAUUCUUCUUCCAUACGAAACUAAAGGUCUGGAUAUAUUUCGACGACGCGACUGUAAAGGAAAUUGGACCCCGAUGGGAGCAAGUAGUUGAGAAGUGUAGGCGAGGUCGGUACCAGCCUCUUCUUUUGUUGUACGCGACCCCGGGCGGGACGCCUGUCAAUACCGAGAAUGCCCCCAAGACAGUCACUCCAUUUCCAAAUGGAAACGGUCUUAAGACGCCACCGAAGAACAACGUUCGGCGAUCAAUCACCCCGAGUCCUGAAAAACCACCAAUUAAUAGCACGGCCAGGAGGGCGAUUACUCCUAACCCCGACAGUCCAACCCACAUUUAUACCCAGCGCAGAAUUUAUAGCGACUAUCAGAACUUGACUGAUAUUCAAAACACAAUUUUUGGCAAUCAGGGUGUGGAUGCGGUUGAUGGAGACGCAGAAUCAAAAUACAUCAGUCGACGAGCUGUUGAGAAUGUUAUGCAACAGCAGAAGAAACAGCAGAUGCAUUUGACGAGAAGUUUGAGUGCCGGAUCGGCUCCGCAAGACGGAAUCAAUAUUCCGGAUCAUCUCAAUGUCCCGAGAAGACGAGAUUCUGGAAACUGGUCCGGAGACCGAAACAGCGCUUCAUCGAGUUCUUCGACGACGAUGGAAAAUCCGUACUUGUAUAUAGUUAAUAAGGUCCAGAGAAACGGCGGUGUUCCCAAAAGUCCUACAAGCAAAUCUGGAGAAUUAUCGAGCAGUAGCAGCGGUCAUUAUGAUGCGGGCUAUGAUUCCUAUUCUCUUUCUUCCACUGAUAGUCUUCCACUCCAACAGGGAUUGAAGCACAAUCUACAGCUUGCGCAAAUUCCGGAAGGAUAUCAGCCCCAGUCAGGAGAUGACUGCGAGCGUCUUUGCAAAGAGACGGACGCACUUCUGGACUCUUCACGAGCCGCAGAGGAUGCCGGGGAUCUUGUGACGGCUCAAGCUCUUUGCACUGCAGCAAGCAGCAAAGCCAGAGCGGCCAUGGAUGCCCCUUACAAUAAUCCCCAGACGAUUAAAAUCGCGAGAAUGAAGCACAACACUUGUGUCAUGAGAACUAGGAGUUUGCACAGGAGGAUUCUCCAGGAGGAAGCGAUCGCCAAUGGCGAUAAAGAAGAAGGUGCACCAGAAGGUAGACACUCGCGAGAAAACAGCAAAUCUGGUCAACACUCUCGUCAAAGUUCUCGAGACAAAGGCAACCACUCACGCCAAAACAGUCGAGAACUCUUAGUCAAUAUGCCAGUAGUUGUCGACAAACCCGUCGCCAAAACAAUCGAAAUUUACGCGACUCUGCCGAAAAAGAAGAGUCCGCGAACCAAACCCUCAACCAACGCGAUCGAAGAUGAAGAGUACAUGUUGUACGAUCGCCCAACUCAAAGGACCGGCCUCUUCGGCCGAGCGAAACGUUGCGACGAUGACAAGAAGGACAAAAAGCGGGCGCGCAGUGAAGAGCGAAAUAAGAACUCCAAGGACUUUUCCAUAGCGCCCACUCGACCUUCGCCAUCAGCUAAAAACGCGAAAGUCGAGAAGAAGGAGACUGAAACCGGGAAAACUCAACAGACGGGAGCCGGAAGUGACCAGAAAGGAAAGAAGCAACACAAGAUCAGAAGGAAACUGCUGAUGGGUGGAUUGAUCAAGAGGAAGAAUAGAAGCAUGCCGGAUUUGCGAGAAGGCACUGAUGGCCAGCCAGCAACUCCCGUCGUCGCCAGCACUCUGCCAAAACAGUCCGUCGACGAUUCGAGUCUUGGACUCAAAGGAACCGACGCCUCUCAAUCUCUGAGUGGCUAUCUAUCCGAAGGACAUCUGGAGUUCUCUGGAAGUGGAAACGGGAGCUCGAGCAACCCGAAUUUAGAGAGAAGUCGUCUGAUGAGGAAGAGCUUCCACGGCAGUGCUGGGAAAGUUCUGCACGUUGCGAAGGUCCCUCCACCACCUCCACUCAGGACCACUUCUCAGCUUAGCAAGUCUAAGUCUGCGGGAGAAGUGCGAAGCGAUCAAACUGACAAGUCUCUUUACCCACUGUCCGAUGGACAGUGCAGCACAAGUUCGUCUCAGGAACAGAGCAAUGCCUACUGGAGUCACGUGAAUUCCAGCCACGUGAAUCAGGCGAACCGAAACUCUAAUUACGCGGAUUACUCGUCAGAGCCGCAUUCUCUACCCUUCAUUCCCAACUACGGAAUGAACGAUUCGAGUAAUACCACUUCUCAGAUGAACUACAGCAGCAAGCCGAGGAUCCAAGAUGAUGUUGUGCAAUAUGCUAAUGGAAUUCUCUACGAGCCGACAUUUGUCGUGACGAGAGCAGAUGUCCACAGCGAACAGAGUCCUGUCAAACAGCCGGAAUCUCUUCCACCUUAUCCAGAAAACGGAACCUCUCAUUCGAGACAACCCAGCGAAGAGUUCCCUCCACCACCUUAUCCGCUGCUGCCUUCAGUUUCGCACUCGAGACAGCCGAGCGAAGAUUUUCCACCGCCGCCACCUCCGAUUGAAGAUCAGGCGAAAGAUUUGCAGACGCAGCAGUCGGAAGCGCAGCAGAUCAGCAGUUUGUUGGCGCAGCUGCAGCUCAAGAGGGAUCAGAUGCUCGUGGCAGAAUCGAUGAAAGAUAAGAGGCUGGAUUCCCAGGAGGCUGAGGACAAGGCUGCGAGCGAGACCUGGCUGAGGGAACUCCAGGCAAAGCAAGCGGAGAUGAGGAUGAAGAAACAGGCUCUUGUUGAUCAAGAUAUUCCGAAAGUGAGGGCGCAGAUUCAGGGAGGAACUGUCGCGAGGAGAACGAGUGAUUUGAUGAUGAGCACAAUCGGGGCGGCUUUAGAUCAAGGUCGGGAUGUUCCCGACUGUCCGCGAGUCGUGACCUCUUCUGUGAAGGACAUGGCUGCUAAAUUCGAGCAGAUCAAGGCAGCGCCGAAAGCUGAACAGAAGAUUGUGGACGCUUCUCAAGAAAUUCAGAAGGAAAACAGUCAGAUUCAGUCGCAGAUUCAGAAUCAGAUUCUACCAAGUCAGAUGCCAGCGCAGAACGGUCUUCCAGUUCAAGAAAGUGGACUCAACGCAGCCAUUCUCUCCAUGUCGCUCACUCUUCCUCAUGAGAACGGUCUUCCAAUCGAUUAUCCAGAAGAUGACAUCAGCGAAGUCGCGAUGCAGAAUACGAUCCAGAACACGACGAUACUCCCGAACGAGGACGACAUCGCGCCCCGAAAAACGAAGCGGCGCAUUGGAAAGAAGAAGAGCGUCUCCUUCUGCGAUCAGGUUGUCCUUGUCGCAACCGCCGAGGACGAUGAGAAGGACUCCUACAUCCCGAAUCCGAUUUUGGAAAGGGUCCUUCGUUCCGCGAUGAACAAACCCGAGACUGCCAAGGUCCUGCGCGAAAUCAGAAGUCUCCAAGAGGCCGAAUUAAAUCGGGAAAACAGUACCACCAAGUUCCAGCAACACACCCUUCCACUCAAGAGCGAAGCUGACAGCAUUCCAGCGACUCCCUUCCAGGACCAACUCAGAAGCGUCAAUCCUGUUCCAGAAACGAGGCCGUCUUUCGCGAGGCAAAACUCGAACGAAUCCGCCGGACCUCUUCCGGAAAAGAGCGCUUAUGUAUCCUACGGAAGCGAGGGUCAGGACAUGAUCAGGGAAGCCUACAAUCAAUCGAAUCCCUCCAAAGCCUCCUCUUACUCGCCGCAGCAGCAGAUAAGGUACUCGCAAAACGGAUAUCCGCAGUUUCUGCAAAACCAGUCCUAUCCUCAGACCCAAACUGCUCAUCCGAGGAACCAGGCUCUUCCUCUAACCCAGAAACCCGCGAGUCCUUACACCGUUCAGAUGCACAACUUUCCCCAGAACGGGAAUCAGCAGAAAGUCGCGGGGAAGAAUUAUCCGACGAAUUAUUAUCAGAUGGAGCAACAGCAUAAUCAAAUGAACAAGCAGAUCACUCAGCAGCAGCAGCAGCAGGCUGGCUUGAAUCAGAGGAUAGUGAAUCACAAUGUGGCGCACAAUGGAAGUGUCAAUGGAGGUGUCAAUUCGAAUCAUUCGAGUCCGAUUACCGUUCAGCAGCAGCAAUUCUAUCCCCAGAAUCUAUCGCCGAAUCCUUACCAGUUCGGAAGUCAGGGCCAAUAUUCUUACCAAGGUCACGCUUAUCAGUCGGUGCCUCAGCAAAGGACGAAUCAAUCUCUGCCGCAGUAUCAGCCGCCGCCUACUCCGGGCACUCCCUAUCAGCAGCAACAGGUUUCGCAAAAUUAUCAGCAGAGGCUCGAUAAUUAUCAGAGAGCGCCGCAGAAAUUUGAACAGCAAAAUGUCCUCGCGCCCAAUCAAACUUAUCCGAAUCCUCUUCAGAAUGGACAGAUCCAGUCGAACAUGAAGUAUCCGACUUAUCAGCAUCCGCCGGCACCGAAAAAUAAGAUUCAUUUUCAAAAUCAGUUGAAGAGUGCGCCUGUAACGCCAACUUUGCAAAAAACGAAUGUUGCUACGGCAGCGAAACCUUGUCAUCUUUGUGGAAAGAAAAGUAUUGUACAGCCCGCGGUUUAUUGUACGGACUGUGAGUUUUAUAUGUCGCGCUUCCGGCCGAAGAAUUGAGGUUGCCAUCACGGAUUUUGAUAUUUAGGACGUGGUACUUAAUGUUGUGUAAGUUGUUUUGCUUUUAAAAUUGGGGAGUUUUGUUUUUUUUUUUAUGAUAGAAGAGAAUUCAAAUUUAAUGUGUGUAAAUAGAUUUUUUAAAUAGAAAUUGUUUUUUUUUUGUGUUUAGAGUUUAUUUGUCUAAUAGAAUUGAAGGGGUAUUUGGUUUGAAAAGGAAAUAUUUCAUAUUUUAGGUAAAGUCGGGUUUUUUUGCUGUUCUGAAUUUUUGGAAAUGUGAUAUUGUUUUUACUGAAAGAAGGUUUUAAAGUAAGAAUUUUCAAAAGUUUU